UCACAUCCCGUUCGUUUUGGUUACAAUCGUGUCAACCGCAGCCAAUGGCGAGUGUGCAUAUUUGCUGUCCGGAUAUCAUUAAAUCUCUGAUUAAAAUAAGCUUCCCGAACGUCCACUGCCCUGCACUUAUCUAAGUCUCCCAAUACAGAAGCUGUCCUCCUGACGAAAGCGAUAUCUAUUGUUGAGAACAAAAAGAAACAACAAUGUCCAAGUUCGUAUAACGGGAAUGCUUGCUUAGCGUUGCAAAGUUCCGGAAAUUUGAUCGGCGCAAGAUAUCUUGUUCAGCAGAUUUACAAGCUCACGUCGGAAAUAUGUCUAGCAGCGAUCUUACAACGAAGGAAGCCAUCAAUGGCUUUCUUCCCCAUCCGAAAGCAACUUGUGGUAAAUGCUGAUCGGUAUGAAGGCCGAUCCAUUAGACCCGUACAGUAGCAGCAUUUUUUGGCGGUUGGAAUCAGUCGAUCAUCGUGUGUUCGCUGCCAGCCCAUCCCUUUGCUUGCCCUGGGACCAGUCGAGACGUUUGCGGAACAAACGAUGAUCCCCGAGGGAUUGAGUGCCCGUGCGGCUGGUUUGGUUUGUAUGAUAGCGAUGGCAGCGGUUGGUAAGACAGUGAGGCGGACAAGUAAUAUUACUCUUAAUGCUCUGGAUGAUACGCGUGCGUUAAUGUAACGUAUCGGGCAAUCAAUGUAUUUGAAGGCAAAUUGUGUGGCAACGAUUUUUGACGGUUCGAUAAACCAAGCUGCAACGAACGAUCUUGUUGCUGCUUCGGCACCUCUCUCUCUCUCGGGCAUAAUAUCGAAUAAUGACCGUUUUAUUUAAGUUGAGCGGCGUCGUCGAUUCAACAUUAACGAUAAAAUCAAGGAGCUGGGCACGCUGCUACCGAAAAACAUGGAAGGAUCGAGCAGCGAGCUGAAUGGCAAGGAUGGGCGCGUUAACAAGGGCACCAUACUGAAAGGGACGGUAGACUACGUUAAGGAGCUCAAGCUGGAGGUCACCAUGCUGCGGCGCAACGAUGAGCUCGUGAUGGCACUGCGCAAUGAGAACGCAAUGCUGCAGAAGCGUGUCGCGGUAAGUGUGGCCUCAUCUUAGCUCUCGCCCAAAGAUUGAUGAUUGAACGAUUAUUUGAACGAUAUUUUGAUGAAAAAAAUGUCCUCACCAAUGUACGCUACUGUAAUGAUAACACUUAAUGCGACAAUUUCCCAAGCUUUUAGCUAUUUUAAACGCACAAGGUAAGGUGGGCAGUUUACGUUGGUUCGCUCUAGGGCGUGUCCGGAUCGCUGCGGAAUAAUGUUCGUGCAAGUAUCAAGCAUCUGUCGGUAAUACCCCGAACAGGUGGAAGGCCGAUAUGAUUCUUUUUUUAAAUUACAUUCUCUUUCUCUUUCCAAAAAUGUUUGUUUGCCAACUCCCAAUCAUCUUUUCCCCAAAACAGUCAAAGGUCGAGCAGCAACUGUCCCCGUCAAAGGAUGGUAUCAUCGGUGUGACGUUCUACAUCUUUGUGGACAUGUGUGA